AUGGCACGCGGGGAGCCGCUCGAUGGCGUGGGCGGCUCCCGGCCGCUGUACCUCGCGUCUCGGCCUGUAACCGCCACCUGCGCCGCGAAAUUCAGCCGCCACCAGCUGGUGUGCUUUACAGAGGCCCCCAGCUAUGAUGCUGUUUGGGAGGCGCGGCCGCUCGACCCGGCGGCGGCGGGGGCGCUGGAGGGGGCGCCCGUGGCGGCGGGCGCGCCGCUGGUGCUGGUGCACUGCGCGACGCGGGCGCCGCUGUGCCUGGAGGCGGGCGUGAGCUUCCCCACGGACUUUGGGGUCGAGAAUGAGGUGUCUGCGCACCUGUCAACAGCGCUGGGCAUGCAAAUGGGGCUGGAGCACCAAGCUAAGGGCGACGACUUCCGGGCGCUGCCGAAGCGGCCGCUGGGCCCCAACCACUGGGUUUUCAUCAACGGGGAAGCCGUCGCGCAGCUGCCGGGCGGCCAGGGGCCGGCCUGCGACGUGGACGAGCUUCUGGGGCGCAUCGCGGAUGACGUUGCUGCCGUGCAGGGUGAGGGGCUCGGCGGCGGUUAA